AGUCAGUGCAGUAUCAAAUAUUCACGAGAGACACAAGCUAAUUAACUCCAAAAAAAAAACGAUGAAGUACCUUAUUGUGUUCGCUUUGGUGAUCGUCGCAGCUUUGGCCGCUCCACCAAAAAAGGCCCCAAGAUUAUCACGUGCCAGCGAUGAUUCAAGCAACGCACAAAUUCUUAAAUACGAAAAUGACAACAUUGGAAUUGAUGGAUACAAUUUCGCAUAUGAGACCAGCGAUGGCGUGUCAAGACAAGAAUCAGCUGUUGUAAAUAACUUGGGAUCAGAAAACGAAGAAAUCGCAGUGAAAGGAACCAUUACGUGGACAGCACCUGAUGGCCAAGUCAUCACACUUAACUACAUUGCCGACAAGAACGGUUUCCAACCUCAAGGAGAUCACAUUCCAGUUUAAGCAUCAAAUCAAUUAUUUUAACGCCUAAUUCGUGAUGCUCAAUUACACAAAUCUUCCAAAAUCUUUUCAUUUCCAAAAAAAAUCUCCUUUCCUACCAAAAUCCUCUCCUUCCAUAUUAAGUCAAAACGUGUAAAUAUAAUUGAAAAUAAAAGCUAUGAUUAUUGUACAAAGAGUUACAUACAAUGUCGAACCUGAAUGUCAUAUCAAAUAUCACAAUACAAGAAAGAUUUAAGAGAAUGAAGAAGACGAAGAAAUUAAAAUGAUGAAGAUGAAUUGUGAAAAUAAGCAAACCAAAUAAAUAACGAUAAACUCCUACGUGCAUAUAAAAAGCAAAAUCUAUUUCGUAAAAAAUGUCCGUGA